AUGUCGUCAGACGAGGCACUGUUGGUUCAGCUAAAAGAGCUUAAGAAAAAGCGAGGCAUAGUUAAGGCAACGCUCACUCGCAUGAAAUUUUUCGUUCAGAGUUUUGAUCCGACGGUAGAAGCUAUUUCUCUCUUAGAAUAUAGGCAGGAGGAGCUUCCUAAGAUAAAUCAAAAAUUUGACGACAUCCAAACUCAGAUCGAGCUGAUCACGGUUGAUGACUUGGAUAAGGAGGAGGACGAGCGUGAGAGAUUUGAAGUUGAGUUUUUUAGGAUUAGAUCUACAAUACAGGAAAUAAUCAAUACAAAAAACGCUUUCAAUAGCAGCGCGCACAGCUCCACCCUUAAUAUGUCAGCUACUCAGGCGCGUGUACAACUGCCCUCCAUAAAACUGCCAGAGUUCCAUGGUAAUAUUCAAGAUUGGGAAUCGUAUUAUGAUUGCUUCAGGUCUAUGGUGCAUGAGGACAACAAUAUCGCAACAGCUCAUAAAUUUUAUUACCUGAGAGCGUCCGUCUUCGGUGCAGCUCUGGACCUCAUCAAGACAGUCCCGAUGACUGACGCGAAUUAUGAGGUAGCGAUGAUGCGACUGAAACAGAGAUAUGACAAUAGGAGUCUAACCAUACAAUCACACGUUAGGUCGUUAUUAGAGUCACCAUUUGUGGAAAAAGCAACAACAGCACAACUUCAACAGCUGCAUUCGCACGUAUGUACCCACGUCGCCGCUCUUAAGGCACUAGAUCAGCCAGUUGAGAAAUGGGACGCACGGCUAAUUAUGAUAGUCUGUAUGCGUUUAGACAAGGACACGUUGCAUGGAUGGCAGCUCCACCAAAGGGACACACAGCUUCCCAGGUAUAUUGAUCUCGAAGAGUUCCUAGCGAGUCGCUGUGUCGCGAUGCAAAAUUCUUAUACAUAUCUUCCCGAACAUAAAGAAGUGGAAGAGAACAAUGUAGCGACAAAACAGCCAAGGCUGAAGAAGAACAUUGGAGCGACGCCGGGAAAAAGAGCGCUGGCUGCAACUACAAAGGCAUGUGCAGAAGAAGCAUGUGCUUGUUGCCUUGAGCCUCAUAGAUUGUAUCAAUGCAAUAAAUUCAAAGAUAUGUCCCCUAACAAAAGAAUAACGCUCGUACGUGAAAAAAGGCUUUGUUUUAACUGCCUUUCUCCAUAUCAUAGAGUAGAUUCAUGCAGAUCAAAGUUCGUUUGCCAGAAGUGUAAAAGGAGACAUAAUACUCUCAUGCAUCAUGAAAGCCAAGGAGCUUCAAAGGAAAUUGCUGAAGGAAGUUCUGAAGAAAAUAUUGGAGAAGCUGCUGGAUCAGUAAAGGUGGCAAGGACAGCUAUGCUGGCGCAUCACAAAUGUGCGCAUGUUUUUCUUGCGACAGCGGUCGUUCUCAUCAACGGAAAAUUCGGGCAGCAACGUGAAUGCAGGGCAGUUCUGGAUAGUGGCUCCCAGGUCAACUUUAUUUCAAAGAAGCUAGCAAAUCUAUUGAUGUUGCCAACAAAAAAAGCGUCCUUACCAAUAAGUGGUAUAGGGUCUACUAAAGCUCGAUCCACCUCCUAUGUCGAAGUAAGUGUCCAAUCGAGAAUGACUUCAUGUGCAGAGCCCAAAGAUGGUUGGAAGAUUCCAAAUGAAUUGUCAAGAGGCCUCGCAGAUCCACAAUUUUACCAGAGAAGGAGUGUAGAUCUUCUAAUAGGUGGAGGUGUCUUUUUUGACAUAAUCGGAUCAGAGCGUAAGAUAAUCGGUACAGGCCCGUUAAGCUUGCAGGAUAGUGACUUGGGAUGGAUUGUGACUGGCGAGUUAGGAGUGAACUGUUUUCUGGGGACAAAUUCCCUAGGUGAAGACAUGGAGAGCAGUUGGCGGACAGAAUUAGUAGAUGAUUGUGCUAAUUUUGGACAGAAAUCGAAGAGUAAUCUCAAAUCAUUAGAAGAACAAGAGGUAGUAGCGCAUUUUAAGCAGAAUACCAUUCGUGAUGAUGAAGGGCGAUUUGUAGUGCGUUUACCAGUAAAGCCUUCAAUCAGUGAAUUAGGUUCGACCUUAGCUAUGGCAACGUCACGGUAUCUAAAUGUAGAAAGGAGACUGCAGCGAGACGAAAGCCUGAGAAGAGAAUACACGCAGUUCAUGCAGGAGUACAUAAGUUUAGGGCACAUGAAAGAAGCAACUGAAGCCAUAUCUGACAAUCAAAGCGGCUGCUAUUUGCCGCACCACGCGGUAGUCAAAGCAUCUAGCCUGACUAAAAAGGUAAGAGUAGUGUUCGACGCCUCCGCCAGAAGCACUUCAGGCCUAUCGCUAAAUGAUGUCUUGAAGUGUGGGCCCACAGUUCAGCAAGAAUUGUUGUCAAAUUACGCGAUUUCGAAAACACCAAAUUGUCAUAACCGGGGAUGUUGA